GCCGAUAGCGGGCUGAGAACAGCAGCUGCCGCCACCGCCUCGGCCGAUAUCAGAGGGGUAGCCGUGUUAGUCUGAAUCUGUAAAAAGCAACAGAGGGUCCUGUGGCACCUUUGAGACUAACAGAAGUACUGGGAGCAUAAGCUUUCGUGGUGGAAAUUGCACAAAAAUGUCUCUCUAUCCUUCUCUGGAAGAUCUGAAAGUGGACAAGGUAAUUCAGGCCCAGACUGCCUUUUCGUCAAACCCUGCCAAUGCAGCAAUUUUGUCUGAAGCCUCCACUCCCAUCCCUCAAGAUGGAAGCCUCUAUCCCAGACUAUACCCAGAACUUUCUGAGUACAUGGGUCUGAGUCUUAAUGAAGAAGAGGUACAGAAAAACUUGCCAAUGGUUGCAGAUACACAAUCUCAGGGGCAGCUGGUAACAAGACCCUCCAGUGUGAAUUAUAUGGUGGCUCCAGUAACUGGAAACGAUAUUGGAAUUCGCAGAGCAGAGAUUAAACAAGGCAUCCGUGAAAUAAUUGUGUGUAAAGAUCAGGAUGGAAAAAUCGGACUUCGUCUUAAAUCUAUAGACAAUGGUAUAUUUGUCCAGUUAGUACAAGCCAACUCUCCAGCAUCUUUAGCUGGUCUGAGGUUUGGGGACCAAGUUCUGCAAAUUAAUGGUGAAAAUUGUGCAGGAUGGAGCUCUGAGAAAUCCCAUAAAGUUCUCAAGCAGGCUUCAGGGGAGAGAAUUUCGAUGAUCAUUCGUGACAGGCCUUUUGAACGAACUCUUACUAUGCAUAAGGACAGCACAGGUCAUGUUGGUUUCAUAUUCAAAAAUGGAAAAGUAACCUCAAUAGUGAAAGACAGUUCUGCUGCUAGAAAUGGACUUCUUACAGAGCACAACAUGUGUGAAAUAAAUGGCCAGAACGUAAUUGGACUGAAGGACUCCCAAAUUGCAGAUAUAUUGGCAACAGCUGGGAAUGUUGUGACAAUUACUAUCAUGCCUUCAUAUAUCUUUGAACACAUAAUUAAGAGAAUGGCUUCUGGCAUCAUGAAAAGUCUGAUGGACCAUACAAUCCCUGAAGUCUAAAUUUAAAGCCAUUGUAUUGUAUAUGCAUCUGUAAUGAGAACUCAGCUAAUCUUGGGCUAUUCUGCUCAGCAACUUCUUUGGAUUCUACACAUGAGCCUUCCUUGAGGCCAAGAGGGGAUAUGCUGCAUUGAACAUUUUACAUUAUAUAUAAUGCCUGGGAAUGUUACAGUUCAACAUGUUAUCUUGUUUAUUCAUACAACUGUAAGACUUAUUUGUAGUCUAAUGCUGAUUUUACAAAUGUGAAAUUUUCAACAAAGUUCUGCUGAUCUUUUUCUGUAGGAUCAUGCUACUCUAGUUUACUACUGUUUCUAUGAUUAUAAGCCAUUGCAACUAAAGGAAACUAAUACAUGUUUCUUCUGCACGUGAUAGUAUCAGUUAUCCAUGAUUUAGAACAUAUUGCUGCUCUUUGUAUGUUCCUUUUCGGACAAAUAAGUAUUUUUAUUGCCUUCUCUUUGUAACCAUAUAUUUAGAACAGUAUAUUUAGAAGAUUGACUGACUAUUUUAGUGGUAGUGUACUUUUUGUUCAAGUAAUCUUGUUGGCCAAAAAAGCCAAUUGAAAACCAUGUUUAGCUAAUAUUGGCAUUAAACCUUAAAGAAGCGCUUUAAAUAUCGAUUGUUAUGCUCAACUUUUUACUACUCUUACUUUACAAAUUGUAACUCUCGAAUAUUCUUAAAUUCUGUAUCCUUAACCAUGUUUAAAAAUAAAGUUCAGGAAUAACCAAAUAAGA